CCGGAGGGGGAGCCCUGCGCAUGCGCAAUCUUGUAUUCGGAGGGUGGACUGGUUGACGGACGGAUGCCGGGAGGGCCGGAGCCGCGGGGCCGCCCGAAACUGGGACCUGGCGCAGACGGAGCCGCGGGGGAUGAGGAAAUAGUGACGGGGGGCUCCUCUCGCAGGAGGAAAGCAGAGUGUCCCCGCAGAAGGCGGUGCCGCCGGGAAUUGCCUGAGGAGGAGGAGCAGCAGCAGAUCGCGGAAGGCGACGGUUACAUGGAGAAAAACAUGUUAUCUGAAAAAGCUCUAAAGCUAGAAGUAGAAGAAGAAGUAGUUGUGCAGGAGGUAGAGCCAACAAUUUUGGUUACAGAUCUGCCACUGGAAGAAGAAAGCCACUCAAUAGUAAGAGGAGGGGUUCUUCGAAGUUCACGUACAAAGCAGACUCCAACACUGCAACUAAUCUGCAAGACAGAACCAGAGCCACAUCAUCUGGUGUAUGAAAUCAAUGAAGGGCCUUCUUUCACUGCUACGAUUAGUGAGGAUGAGGAUGUAAUGAUAAGUGAGGAAGAAAUUCCAUAUAAAGAUGAUCCCACAGAUGAAACUUACAGACCUCAAAUUGAAAGUGAAGAUGAUGAAGACGAGCUGAUAAGUGAGGAAGAAAUACCAUAUAAAGAUGACCCUCUAGAUAAAACCUACAGUCCCCAACUUGAUAGAGAGCCUCCACGAUCAAGACGAAGAACUUCCCGUGUUAAAGAGGAGGGACUCCCUUUGGAGGUUAAGAUGGAAGUAAAGGAGGAAAGUCAGGUACAGGAAGAGGAGACCCCUAGAAAGUAUGUGCCCGUCCUAGAAAGGAGGGGUCGCAGGCGUAAGGAUGAUAAAAGCCCAAGACUCCCAAAACGAAGGAAGAAACCGCCUAUUCAAUACGUGCGCUGCGAGAUGGAGGGAUGUGGUACUGUCCUAGCUCACCCAAGAUAUUUGCAGCAUCACAUUAAAUAUCAGCACCUUUUAAAGAAGAAAUAUGUAUGUCCACAUCCAUCAUGUGGGAGACUCUUCCGUCUACAAAAACAGCUCCUGCGCCAUGCAAAACACCAUACAGAUCAGCGGGAUUAUAUCUGUGAAUACUGUGCUCGGGCAUUUAAAAGCUCCCACAACUUGGCUGUUCAUCGCAUGAUUCAUACAGGAGAGAAGCCCUUACAAUGUGAGUUCUGUGGUUUUACCUGCAGACAGAAGGCAUCAUUAAACUGGCACAUGAAGAAACAUGAUGCUGACUCUUUCUACCAGUUCUCCUGCAGCAUCUGUGGAAAGAAGUUUGAGAAGAAGGACAGCGUUGUGGCCCACAAGGCAAAGAGCCACCCAGAGGUUCUUAUAGCUGAGGCGCUGGCAGCUAAUGCUGGAGGCCUUAUUACCUCCCCUGAACUGCUGGUGCCUGAGACCCCAGCCCCAGCAGUGCCUGUGGUCUCAGAGGAAACUACAUCUCCCCAAACCUUGUAUCCCAAUUCGAGUUCUAAGAUUUUAGUGGCUUGUCCCAUCCAACCAGUGGAAGGACUGGCUGCUACCACUGAGGUUCUUAUUGAGGAUUCGGACUCUGCUAGACCAUAGGAAAGGAGGACACUCUGCACAGUACCGUGACUGUUUCACCCCAGCGGGCUGGCUAUUUCAGCCCUUUAAUACAGGGCUCUUUGCUUUCUAUCUGACCAUUUCUGUAUUCAAAUUCUGCCCCACAUUUUCUCAUCAUCUUUCACUCACUCCGCUACACUUUUAUGCUAUUUGAUUGCCCAUUCUUGUCUUAUCUUUCCUGUUUCUACUUUGUCCCACGCAUCUGCUCUAUUUUUGUUCUCUUUUUAACUGUUUUGUAUGUUUCUGCUCUUCUUCUCUUUUCUCCAGCUCUUCUUCCAUUUCUCACGGGUGCUGUGUUCUGCACUCUUUGUAUAUAAUAUGUUUAAUGAAUAAAAUGGAGCUGUUAUGUCUCAUAAAGGAAACCUUCUCCCAGAGAAAAGCUGCUAGUGUAGUGAGGUUACUGUAUUUGGCAGUUAACUUUUUGUCUUCCUUGUUGGUCAGUUUUUUUUUCUUCUCAAGAAAAAGUAACAUUCAGGUAAUAAUUUGAGGACAGUUUUUGCUUUUCAAAAUACAUCACCUCUAUAAAAUAUUCUAUAUUACCAACUGGUGACAUUAUAUAGAAUCAUCUGAAAAUUACCAAAGCUAAAUAAUUAUUUUGAGAUUACCUGUUCUGCACAUGUAUGUACUAAAGAUAUUGCUGCUCAUCCUGUAGUAGUAUUAUUAUACACUGUGCUUAUAGCAUAUGUCUGUAGUACUACAUUGAUCAUAGUGCACCCUGUAUCUUUAAACAAAACUUUUAUAAACAUUACACAGGUAUUACACGUACAGUUUGCACCAAAUAUGAAUGUAUAUUUUGGUGAAGAUGCUAACAUUAAUAUUAGAUUACGAUAUUCCUUCAUCCACUCUAUCCCAUAAAAUGCUCUAUGUAAUGUUUUUCCAAAAAUUUAGAACACCUUGUGCUAAUCACAGUUUCAAUACAAUAGCAAUCGCCAUUGAUUUUUAAA